AUGACAUUAAAACGAGGACGUGUUCUUAUCCCUUCAAAGCUCUCACAGGGCAUCCUUCAUUCAGAAUAUGCAGUACGAGGUGAGAUAGCCAUUGAGAGCGAAAGGCUCAAGAGGCUUUUGGAAGCCGGAAAUUCAAACUUGCCGUUUAAGCGCAUUUUGCCCUGCAACGUUGGCAAUCCCCAGGCCCUCAAUCAGCCCCCGAUUUCCUUUUAUCGAAAGGUUGUUGCAUUGAUGGAGUCUUUUGAUGCGCUUGGAGGCACUUCAAAUGCCAAAAAGAUAUCCGAUCUAUUUGCUCCAGCCGUAUAUGAACGAGCGUCUUUUUAUCGCUCGCAGUUAAAAAACAGUAUGGGCGCAUAUUCGCACUCACAAGGGCACCUGUUCAUCCGAAAACUGAUUGCGUCCUUUAUUGAAAAGCGCGACUCGUUCUCGACAGCCCCAGAUGAAACCUCCGUUUCGUGCGAUCCAGACCAUAUUUUCCUGACAAAUGGUGCGUCAUCUGCCAUCCAGUCCGUGCUUUCGUUGGUUAUUAGCGAUCGCUCGGUCGGCGUAUUAAUCCCGAAGCCGCAAUAUCCUCUCUAUUCUGCGUCCAUUUCUCUGCUACAUGGCGUUCCGGUUUUUUAUUCGCUGCAGGAGCCAGCGGAGCGAUUUGGCCGAUGGACCUUUUCCCUUGAAGCUCUAAAAACCUCAUUGACCGAAGCACGAGGGCGCGGAGUCGAUGUGAGGGCUCUUUGUAUCAUCAAUCCAGGAAACCCAACAGGAAAUGUGCUCUCCUGUGCAGAUCUGGAAGAUAUCAUCGAAUUUUGUCUGAAUGAGCGUCUAGUGCUGCUUUCCGAUGAGGUUUAUCAGAACAAUGUUUGGGAUUCUGAGGUACAAUUUUGCUCUGCCAGAAAGGCGCUUUUGUCGGCUUCGCGUAAAAAUCCGGCUCUUCUGGAUGCUGUGGAAAUAUUUUCGUUCCAUUCCACGUCAAAGGGAUUGCUUGGCGAGUGCGGAAAGCGGGGAGGAUAUGUCGCAUGCACAAACAUUGACCAAGAAAUCCUGAGCCAGUUUUACAAGCUUAUGUCAAUUUCCCUUUGCUCAGCGAUCGAUGGCCAAGUUAUGCUGGGCCUGAUGGUUGAUCCCCUAACGCCUGAUGCGGACAGUGAAUAUGAGAAACACGUCCAGGAAAUCACGGCAAUCAAAGGUAAAUGGUGCUUUGAUAAUUUUAGAAUCGCUUGCAAGAAGGGCACAAAUGCUUUCAGAGGCGCUUAA